AUGAGAGUGAGCGCUGAGGAUUUUGUAGGUUUCCGUCACCUGCCGUUGCUGAACAACAAGGGUGAUCCGUUGCCGAAUGCCACUCUGUUUGUUCACGUCGCCGUCACCAACAAACGUGGUGGAGGAACAGUCGACGAACAAUUCAAAACUGCUGUCGCUCCUCUCUGCGAAUCGAUCGCAAUGCGCAAUAAACUUGAGGCUGCGCUGGUAGAGUGGCAAGAAGAAUGCGGCCUUGGACCGGCUGGCACGAUUCGUCAAGGAAUUCGCCUUAUACAUUCAAGGAUGGUCACAUUAGCAGUGAAUUCAACACCACCUUCGUCACCGUCAAUCGGCUCAGAAAUAAGUCGCAGUCAGGAAGUUCCGUCGUUUAUGAUUGAGAGCGAUGACAGAAAUAUUGAAGAAUCCAUCAAGCAUAUCUCGGAAAGCCAUGAUCAGCUGAGUCGUUUGUGUCCCGAAAACGGCCUAAAGGGUCAGAAAGCCACUAGAGCUGCCGAGAACUUCACUUGGAAUCUAAGGCUACUUAAAGCUCAACUCAGCCAUGUCAGCAAAAGUCAAGAUGAAGCACAGGAUAUCAUAACCCAAGUAUUCGAAACCGGAGGCGUUCUAGGAAUCCUCUCGUCUAAGCUAAUGGCUCGAGCCGGCCGAAGAUUUUCCCGAGUGAUCCACGAUCCCACUAGGGACUCCUCCCUGUGA